GCAUUGAAUCAUUCUUCGCUAGAAUUUUGUGAAAUCAAAAGCACAAGUAUGACUGACACUGCACCAGCACCAGUACAGAAGGCUAAGAAGGCUGCCAAGCCAAAAAAGCCAGCAUCACACCCUAAAUAUGGGGAAAUGAUUGCUGCAGCUUUGGGGGCUUUGAAAGAGAGGACUGGAUCUUCAAGACAGGCAAUUUUGAAAUACAUCACUGCCAACUACAAAUGUGGUGAUAAUCUGACUGCCGUCAACUCUCACUUGAAAAUGGCUCUUAAGGCUGGAGUCAAGAGUGGAGCACUGAAGCAGUACAAGGGAACCGGCGCCUCAGGAUCCUUCAAGCUCGGUGAAACUAAGAAGGCAGCAAAGAAGGCCGCCAAGCCAAAGGCAGCUAAACCAAAGAAGGCAAAGACACCAAAGAAGAAAACCGCAGCAAAGAAGCCGGCAGCCAAGAAGGCAGCGACACCAAAGAAGGCUAAGGCCGCCAAGAAGCCAGCAGCCAAGAAGGUUAAAACACCAAAGAAGGCCGCAGCAGCUAAGCCCAAGAAAGCUGCCAAAUCACCAAAGAAGGUGAAAUCAGCUAAGCCUAAGGCAGCCAAGAAGACACCAAAAAAGGCAGCAGCUAAGAAAUAAACUGGAAAUCAUUACUUCCAAAACAAAACAAAGGUCCUUUUCAGGACCAUACCAAAUA